AGAGUCCCCGCGGCGCCGGCCGAGAGCGCAACGCGGCGCAGCGCGGCGCAGUUCGGCGCGCACGGCGGGAGCGGCGUGCGAGCGGACGGGCCUGGCGUCUGGACGGGCGCUUCUAGCUGCUCCGCACGCUCCCCGCCGCCCCCCAUGAGCGCAGCCCUGCGCGGCGCGUGUCCAUAGGCGGCGGGGCGCCCCCCAUGCUGCUGCAGCCCGCACCGUGCGCCCCCAGCGCGGGUUUCCCGCGGCCCCCGGCCGCCCCCGGCGGCGCCAUGCACGGCUCGCAAAAGGACACCACGUUCACCAAGAUAUUCGUGGGCGGCCUGCCGUACCACACCACCGACGCCUCACUCAGGAAGUACUUCGAGGGCUUCGGAGACAUCGAGGAGGCCGUGGUCAUCACCGACCGGCAGACGGGCAAGUCCCGCGGCUACGGCUUCGUGACAAUGGCUGACCGUGCAGCGGCCGAGAGGGCAUGCAAGGACCCCAACCCCAUCAUUGAUGGCCGUAAGGCUAAUGUGAACCUAGCCUAUCUGGGCGCCAAGCCUCGAAGCCUCCAGACGGGCUUUGCCAUUGGUGUGCAGCAGCUACACCCCACCUUGAUCCAACGGACUUAUGGGUUGACUCCGCACUACAUCUACCCGCAAGCCAUCGUCCAGCCGAGCGUGGUGAUCCCAGCUGCCCCUGUCCCAUCACUGUCUUCACCCUACAUUGAGUACACACCAGCCAGUCCGGCCUAUGCCCAGUACCCGCCAGCCACCUAUGACCAGUACCCCUAUGCCGCCUCACCUGCCACGGCCGCCAGCUUCAUGGGCUACAGCUACCCAGCUGCUGUGCCCCAGGCCCUCUCAGCCGCAGCCCCCGCGGGCACCACCUUCGUGCAGUACCAGGCGCCGCAGCUGCAGCCAGACAGGAUGCAGUGAGCGGCAUCCCUGCCCCAGGCACCGUGGCAACAUCACCCGACAGCAGACAGACCCAGCAGGCCUCCAUGGGGCAGCAGCCGGCUUGGCUGAGCUUCGGUGUGACCAGCACUUGUGCCUCCGAGACACCUCGGGCACCUGCCUGUGCCCUGGGACAGCCGAGACGGCUUCUCUUCAAAUCUAGGUCCUGUCACAUCUCCAGGGAAGACUUUAAGAAGAAUGACCGGAAGAUGUUACCCCAUAUUCCUUGCACACCAUGGCAGCCUUUUCUCUGCACCUUUUCCUGCCCCAUUGUCACUCCAGGUGCCCUCAGGCUUGUCCCCACAUCCCCCUCCAGGCGGGUCAGUCACGAGCCCUCUGCAGACCCAGCUGCUCUUUGGACUGUGCAGAAGCUUUGCCCCUAGCGGAGGUGCCUUACUCCAGGGAGACCUGUGAGAGAAGCUGGUUGACUAUUUAUUAUAACUCACUGGCACCAGCUGCGAGCCUGUCGGGGGUGGGGGGAACCACCUCCUUGUUGAAUUCUUGUUUUCUACUUUAUCGGGGUGGCUUGAGACACCUGCUGGCCCCCAGGCACAGCAGCUCUAGCUGGAGAUCCCCUCCAGUCAAGCACUGCAACCUUUGUCUUAUCCUAAUUGUUUUGCUACUAAGAUGAUUUCAGUCUAUUUUUUCAAGGAGACAACCGCCACCAAGAAUCCAAACAGGAGGCCUCUCACCCACAGUUUGACCCACCUCGGCAGGCAGUUUGACAUCUCAGAGCCAUUGUUGCAACACCUGGGGCGAGAGGGAACAGGCCCAAGGUGUUCUGGCUGCUCAGGGUCUAGACCAUGAUGGCUCCUGGCUUGUGGGUGGGGGACCCUCAGCCCUGCCUGCUGGGGGGAGGGGGGGCUUCAGAGUACAGGAUUGGCCACCCCGCCCCCUCCCUCCUGCUGAAUACCAGCCCAAGAUGCAUCCCUGCUUGCCUUGGAGGUUGGUGGAUGGGGGGUGACAAGUUCUGACAGCCGAGAUGUCUCCUCUGGGGGUGUGCGGAGCUUAUGGAGCCAGGAGCCAGGGGUGAGGAGGCUGUCCUGGCAGGGGAGGCGGGGGCAGCUGGGGGUGUCCUUUAGACCUACCUCAGGGAGGGGAGGCCUCAGGGAGCUGAGCGCACACGCGCUCCUUGGCACGCAUGGUAGAGUCAAGGCCCAGAAAAUGAAGGUAGCUAAUAUUAUAAUAAUAUUUUUAUUAGAAUUGUUCUGAUUAUAAAAAUAAAACUUGUUUUCUUUAAAAA